AUGGCAAAAUCAAGUGGAGGAUCUGAUUAUGAUUUAAUUUUUAAAUUAGUUCUUAUAGGUGAUAGCUCUGUUGGAAAGAGUAAUCUUUUAUUACGUUUCACUCGUAAUGAAUUUCGUCUUGAUACUCAAUCAACAAUAGGAGUUGAAUUUGCUUAUAAACAACUUAUAAUUGAUGGAAAAAAAAUAAAAACUCAAGUUUGGGAUACAGCAGGUCAAGAACGUUUUAAAACUGUUAUACCACAAUUUUAUCGUGGUAGUGAAGGUGCUUUAGCUGUAUUUGAUUUAACUAAACCUGAAUCAUUUGAUCAUAUUACAGUUUGGAUUGAAGAAUUACAUCGACAUACACCACCUGACUUACCAAUUGUGCUUGUUGGAAAUAAAUCUGAUUUAGUUGAUCAACGUAAAGUAUCACGUCAACAGGCAACAGCUCUUGCUGAACAACUUAAUAUAUCAUAUAUGGAAACAUCAGCACUUAAUGCAUCUAAUGUUGAACAAGCAUUUAUUACAGUUGUUACAGGUAUUUUUUAUAAGAAAAUACCUAAAUCAGUCGAUAAUUCAUCGUCAUCAUCAGCAAUGACAUCAAUAGGACACGGGCCAACAUCAAGUAUUCCUGUGUCAUCUGAUGCACAAGUUGUAAUUUCACCGAAUCAAAAAUCAUUUCGUCUAAAAGAUAAUCAAAAACCAACAGUUUCAAAUAGCGGUGGAUGUUGUAAAAAUUCUUGA